GCCUCGGUGUCAUCCCGCAGCCCUGCCCGCUCCGGGCUUUCUCUACUCAAUACGUUAGCUAGCGAACAGAAUCUGUUCUGAGCCAUCGAAUUGUUACUGCAUGCUGACGGAUUUCCUGAACAGCAGACUGAGGGUUCGGACCCGAUUCAUGCGAGGGACCUGCGGCGGGGAUCGACAGGCUCUCGGACACCGGGAGCAGCAGAGGCUCCACAGGGCGUCUGCUGCCGGCAGCUCCAACAGAACCUCAGCUUACUCAUGCCACAAUAGGAUCCUACCACCUGCAGUAUUUGUAUUCAUUAAUGUUAAUUAUACUGGGUAAAGGAGCAGCCCUCUCUGGAUCACAACCCUGUGCUGCCUCUCACUGUGGAUUUACCGUCGACCGGCACGAGCUGUGGAAAAACGGAGACAUGACAUGCACGAGAAAAAAGAGGAAACAGCUUUGGGUUCUUUAAGCACUUUGAUUAAUAAAGGGAGUCCUCAACAGGCUUCCCUUAACACCCUUUAGGAAGAUCUGGACCGUUGACACAGCUGUCAGCUCAGCAGGUGAUCUAUCUCUCGUGUAUGAUGUGUGGAGCAGCCUAACGGUUCAUGUGGACUGCAUCGUGGACUGCAUCACGGCCUGCCCGCCACAGAGUGGAGGACCAGCGGCCCAGCAGGCACCUGGAGUGGAUCAGGAGGUGAGAGGAUCAAAUACACCGUCAAAGGGAUCCUGCUUGAAAUGGGGCAAUGUGGAUUGAGGUGUUCCCGUUCCUUGUGAACCGCGGAAAAAGAGCAACCACGAGGACGCAGGAACCAUUAGUAGAAGGAGGAGGCCGUGUGGGAGCGGCGGCUUUGGUGUGUGUAGAAAAGCUGGUAUGGGUGGAGGGGCAAUCGCGAUGGCGAAUGGGAACGAGAGCAGUGAAGGGCCUGCUGGGCCAAUAGCAGUGGUGGCUACCGCAGGAGGCAUGGUAGCAGAAAGCCCCUCCUCGGCUGUAUCUACCUAUAUUAAACUGGUGCUCCUCGGGCUGAUCAUCUGCAUCAGCCUGUUGGGCAACCUGGUGGUGUCUCUGCUCGUCCUGCGGGACCGGGCCCUGCACAAAGCACCUUACUACUUCCUGCUGGACCUGUGCCUGGCAGACACCAUUCGCUCUGCCAUCUGCUUCCCCUUUGUGCUGGUGUCUAUAAAGAACGGCUCGGCCUGGACCUACAGCGUGCUGAGCUGCAAGGUGGUGGCCUUCAUGGCGGUGCUCUUCUGCUUCCAUGCCGCAUUCAUGCUGUUCUGCAUCAGUGUAACACGCUACAUGGCCAUUGCACACCACCGCUUUUACUCGAAACGCAUGACAUUCUGGACUUGUGUGGCAGUGGUGUGCAUGGUGUGGACACUGUCCGUGGCAAUGGCGUUCCCACCAGUUUUUGAUGUGGGCACAUACAAAUUUAUUCGCGAGGAGGACCAGUGCAUCUUUGAGCAUCGCUACUUUAAGGCUAACGAUACACUAGGUUUCAUGCUAAUGCUGGCUGUGCUCAUUCUAGCCACACAUGUUGUCUACAUGAAGUUGCUCCUCUUUGAAUAUAAGCACCGCAAGAUGAAGCCGGUCCAGAUGGUGCCGGCCAUCAGUCAGAACUGGACCUUCCAUGGGCCGGGGGCUACUGGCCAAGCCGCAGCCAACUGGAUUGCGGGCUUUGGGAGGGGGCCGAUGCCGCCGACCCUGCUGGGUAUCCGACAGAACUUGCACAACCAGAACCGGCGCCUGCUGGGCAUGGAUGAAUUCAAAGUGGAGAAGCAACUUGGCAGGAUGUUCUAUGUGAUCACCCUGCUGUUCCUGGUGCUCUGGUCUCCAUACAUAGUAGCUUGCUAUUGGCGGGUGUUUGUGAAGGCCUGUACAAUACCACACCGGUACCUCUCCACCACAGUGUGGAUGAGUUUCGCCCAAGCCGGGGUCAACCCUAUUGUCUGUUUCUUCCUCAACAAAGACUUGAAGAAAGGGCUCCUUUCCCACCUACCAGCCUGCUGCAGGACUAAACCUCAUUUGCCACGAGAGCCUUAUUGUGUCAUGUGAUCAGAGAGGAUCUAAACAGAGAGGAAACACGGGGCAGCCAACAGUGUUGAGUGUUUGCUUGAACUGUUGCCGCAUUUCAAUACAAUAGAAGCUAUUUUUAAGCAGUGGUUGCAAACUAGUAAGUGUGAUGAUAACACUGGAAUGGUUAGCAUGUAUUUCAUUCGUCCAACCCUUUUUUCUCUCAAAACCACCUCAUACAUGGAGUCAGACUUUGACUUUUGAUAAUAAGAAACACAGUACUUUAAUAAGAAAACAUGCAAGUGAUAAUGCAGUCAUUAUGGAAACCAAGCCAGACAAACACCCAACAAAUUACACAAGCUGCUUAAAAAAGAAUGGCAAAUUAGAAACAUCUAGGGUUGAUUCAAAGGAUAGGAAGAUUCCUACGGGGGACAAAGAUAAUAAAGAAUAAACGUUUGUACUUCAAUUAAAAUGUCACUUAUGUGCUGGAUUAGUAAGCAAAGCCUUUUGUAUAGUGACAGUGAAGAGGAACAGGUCAUAUCAGCAACAUGAUGUCACAUUCUGGCCAGAAAAUAGCCAUUUAAGGAAAAUAAAAUAAUUGAAAAGUAGGGGGAUCACUGCAUUCCUGGAGUCCGCAGAGGCAGCCUCACGGAGUCAGAGGGCGGAGAGAUGGGUUAACCUGAGCUCACGAUUGUAAUGAAUUAUGAAUACUUCUAUGAAAGCUCUUUACUGAACAGGAAACUGAGGCAAACACAUGAGUGACAGGAACACCAGCUCUAAGACCAGGAUGAUGUGUUUACUUCCUUACUGAUUAAGACAGAAGUUAUCCAUGCUAUGAUUUAUCAAGGUGUCACUAAUUGAAUUAACUAACACAAACUAAGGUGACUGACAAAUCUUCCUUCUGAUACACAUUAUUAUUAUUUAGAUCUGUGCAUGACUUUGAGUCAAAAGAGAGGAAGUGAUCAUCUGCAAACAUUAACAGCAGCUUGACAAAGUGUUAGCACCGCGCCCAGCUGCAUAAAAGGCUUCUCUUAGCCCAGAGCAGAUUUUUGUUAUAAACAACACAGUACCUUUGGUGUCCGGUAGGCAGGGCCAUGCUGAGAGUGCUGAUGUCCAGCAGCAGUCCCUCGGCUCUGGUGUCUUAAUACGCCUAGUUUAUCAGAACAGCUUGUUUCUGAAGCAUGGGAUUCACCUGUGAAUGUAUGUAAAUGUCUGUAUUGUGGACCAUUGAAUUGAAAUUCAUUUUUAAUUCAUAAUAUUUCAUAAUAACUUUGUGUUCAUGUACCAAUGGCAAAGCUUUUUUUCUUGUUUGUCUCAGUCACUUCUCCUCUGAAGGAGUGCUUAAGCGGUUAUUCGCCACUCAGUACUAAUAUCAGAAGAGUGCGGCCAUGUCUUCAUUACCAUGCUGGUCCUGCAACAUGAAAACGUUUUUAUUUAUGUAUGCUGAUAGACUGUGUGUUUUCUAAGCCCAUCAAAUUAACGUGUGAAGUUCCAAAACACUGAACUAAAUGCAAAAGAUUCAGGAACAAUUAUUAUUAUUAUCAGUCAGAGAAAAAGGAGCUGCACUGGGAGGAGGAGAGAUGACAGACAGCAGGAAU